UUCCUUACAGGCACCACAGAGCAUGAUGUUACAGCUAGCUAUAAAGAAAGACAACUGCUGUUAGUCAACAGACGGCUCCAAGUCAUCGGCCAGUAUACAAGACUUUUUGAUUUUCGAGUUCAUUUUUAAUUGGGGUGUCGUCAUUCGCUGUUGAGAGUUCAUCAUGCGAUUGUUCCUUCUAUGUUUAGUUUUUUUGUUUGUAACGCCUGUUUUGUCACAUUUCAGUGAAGAGAAAAAAGACGAGAGUUUGGAGGGCAGCCUGACAAUCGAAACAUCCGUGAUCAAUGCAAAGAACGAAACGAAAUUGUUACUUCCGGAUCUUCAAGUAGAAUCAGCCGACGUCAAUGUCGAAGAAAUUUCAUCAGCUACAAGUGUUGAGAGAAGGCAAAGCAGGAAAAAGAAACGUCGAAAUAAUAAGCGACGUCAAAAUCGUAUUAAUCAACUGAGGAAGAAAGGUAAAAAACCCAAUGGACGCAAACGCCGCCCACAGAAUGACAAGAAAGGAUACGGAAAGAAUAAACGACCCAUUUUUAAACCAAUUCAAUACUUGGCUCGUUCGUCUAGUACAGAUCAAUUGAACAAAGCUCUGGAUGAAAUGCUCGAGAGUUUGUCUCUAAAUUUAGCCAACGAAAAUUCAUCAACGUUUUCACUAAAAUUGAACAACUUUCGCGAGGACAUGAAAAUAUCUCCUUGGGCUUUCCUUGCAAUAAAUGAAACGCAAACAACCGAAGUGGAAAGGAAAAUUCGUACAGAAAGAGCCGCUGGGGAUCCCGGAACGGAAGCAGUUGAAAGCGAUGCAACUGAAAGUGACGAAGACGUCGAUGAUGAUGAGACGAAUGUGGAAGGGGAAGCGGCAAUUGAAAUCGCAACCGAAAGUAUUGCUGAAGAGUCUUCCACUGUUUCGGAAGAAAAAGAGAUCAUAGCAACUGAAGAAGAGAAUGACGACGACGAUGAUUAUGAAACAGCCACAGAAAUUUCCCUUAAUUUAAAACAACCACAUAAAACUAAUGCAACCCAGUUUUAUCGGACCCAAAAGCCAUCUCCUGUUGUGCUCGACGACGGCACUAUCGAGUACAAUCUUCAGCUGCUCAAUGAAAACGACAUUAAGCAAAGAAAACUGGAAUUCAAUGAGGAUAUUUCAUCAGAAAAAUUUCAAGAUGACACUGGCCGCCCGGUCAAGAAACUGGAGGGUAAACGAGGUUCAUCUCGACGCAAUUCACGCAGACCAAGUGCUACUGUGGAAGGCAUUGAUCAGAUUAAAAGGAAGGGCGAUGUUUUGAUUGGAGUGAGAGAAAAUUCUACCACACACAAUGUCGAUGCUACAUUAAUAAUCGGCCCACUCCAUUUUUUUAUGGAUGCAAAACCAGGAUUCCCUCCACAAUCUCGCGUAUCGUUGCCUCCGCUUUCCGCUAGACUUCGAAUGACGGAAGUUGGAGGGAAACUGGUAGGAGUGCGAUUUAAGCCUACGAAAAUUCGACCUGACGAAGCAUUAGUCACGUUUAAAUUAUGCCAAGAUGGUAAAAUUCCCACUAAUUUGGAGACGGCACGCAUUGUAACUUAUUUGAGUCAAGAGAUGACUAAAGUUUGGAACUCUGGAAAUUUGCUCCGUCGUCUCAAACGCCAAUUUAAGCAAUUAUUCAUAAAUGAAACAGUUGGCAAUAAUAAAAGAGAACAUUCAAAAUCUCAAGAUGCCAGAAUGCUUGUCGAAACAUUGGCUCUUUCUGCAUUUGGAGCAGCUAUAAAAGACGACCCCAAAUAAGUCUUUAUCUGUUUUUGAAUAUUUAUCCCCAAGUUAUUGAUUUACAUUAUGAGUUCAUGUAAUUAAUUUCGUUAUAUGGUAAAAUGGUAUAUUAACAGCGAAUUUAAAUAAAUUGCUGACAGUA